AUCUACGAUUCAGUUGAUAUCCUUACGGUCUAUAUAAAGUGCUAUUUGGUGUUGCAGGUUGUCAGUGUUGAAAUAAGUGCUACGAACGAAACAAACGAAGAAGCUACUAGUGGGCAGCAGCUCGAAUUCUACAAGAUCUUCAGGAAUACAAUAUGAAAGUAUUCAUCGCGACCCUUCCACUGUUGUUCGCAUUGGGAACGUUCGCGAAUCCAACGUUCCGCUAUGAAGAUGGAGUGGUGAAUCCCCAGUGUCCCUCGGUGGAUGAUCCGAGGAAUCCGAUACAUCUGCCGCACCCGACCGAUUGUGGCAGGUUCUUGAAGUGCUUCAAUGGUCGUGCCUUCACGAUCCCUUGCCCACCAGGCGAACAGUUUGGGGUGAGGAUCCAGCGUUGCGAUUAUCCGCAGAUUGCCCAGUGUCGUACGGUGCUGGCACAACCUCAACCGGCCCAGUUCCGCUUCGAAGAGGGAAUUCCAAACGCAGCAUGCCCUCGUACCGACGAUCCAAUGCGGCCAAUUCACCUGCGGCAUCCGACCAGCUGUCGCAAGUUCAUGAAAUGCUUCAGCGGUAAAACGUUCGAGCUGGAUUGUCCACCCGGACAAGAAUGGGCAGCGGCACUGAACCGAUGCGACUAUCCGUCGGUCGCAAUGUGUAGCCUUGCCCAGCGUUCCCGCGUCGAAGAAGAACCAGCCCAGCAAGGCACCGCCAACGAAGCUGUUGAAGAAGUCAAGGCAGAGCAGCCUGUGGAAGUCAUCGAAGAAACUGAAGCUGAACCCGAAGGAGUUCAAGAAAAAAGAGCCAAAAUUCUUCCAAUGAAAGCCGAAUUUGUCUACAGUGCCGGCAUUCCCAACCAUUUGUGCCCCCUCAAGGAUGACCCGUUCCGUCCAGUUCAUCUACCUCACGAUUUCGAUUGCUCCAAGUUCCAGAAGUGCUUCGAUGGUCGGGCUUACGUCAUCAGCUGUCCACCUGGUCAGCAGUACGGACCCAGGAUCAACCGCUGUGAUUAUCCCCAAUUUGCCCAGUGUUCUCUGCCCAAGAAGAAGCACCUGCCAAAAAGCCUCAGCAAGGCUCGCUCCAAGGUUCCGGAUGAUUACUACUACGACGAUUACAACUACGAUUCCGACGGUGACUUCCCCCUGGACUCAACCGAGUGGACCGAAGAUCAACGGGAAAUGAUUCUCGGAAUCAGCGACAUUCGGUGCCCCAAGGAGGACGACGAGGACAGCCCGGUGCAUCUGGUCCAUCCGAAGGACUGCGGAAAGUUCUACAAGUGUUACAACGGUCGCGCUUAUCUUAUCAUGUGUCCUCCGGGCCAACACUGGAGCGUACGAUUCGAUCGUUGCGAAUAUCCUAAGGUGGCGAAAUGCACCAUUCGUCUCGCAGCGGUUGCUCUGGGCGUUGAAAUCCAACCCACGAGGGCAGUCCAUUUCGAAGGCUCGACCACCGUAGCACUUCAGGAACUUUUGGCAGUUUCCGCGGACGGGGAAGUGCAUCGGAUUUUUCGGGUCAUCGUUCCGGGGACACCUGACAUCGACUACGCCUGGGACUACCACGUACGUCUCCUCUCCGGCGUACUGCUGAUAUUGGGGCUGUUGGUACUGUUGCUGGGGUUGUUGGUAGGGUUGUGGUUGCUGGUAAGCUGGUCGCUCUACUUGCUGGAACUGGGGACCGCUUGGAAGCUCAACUGGCCAGCUGGGCUGAGGAAGUGGCUGGGUCUGAGGACGUUGGGGAACGUUCUGAACUGGAGCAGCGUUGUACAUGGGUGGUUGCUGCGGCAUCUGAGAAGGCACAGUUUGCUGCUCGGCAUUGUUUCCGGGCUGCUGAUAAGCGUUCUGCUGCCACGCUUGAUAGCUCAGUUGUGGUUCCGGCUGGGACCAUUUGAAGCUGCAACGGGCCAGCUCUGGGUAGUCGCACCGGUUAACCUGGAUUCCGAACUCCAGUCCGGCGGGGCAUUCAUGCUCGUAGGCACGGCCUCCGUAGCACUUCAUGAACUUGCGGCAAUCGCCGUUGACGGGCAGAUGGGUUGGGUUGAUCGGGUCAUCCAUACGCGGGCAACGGGUAUCGACGACUCCUGGCACAAUCCUGUAACCGUCCGGGCUCAUCUGCUGCUGCUGCUGCUGGGGCCACUGCAUCUGCUGUUGCCACUGUUGCUGCUCCCACUGCUGUUGCUGCCACUGGGGCUGGUAGUAUUGCGGGACGGCGGCAACGCCAACCGCAGCAAUUACGAAACACAGAGCGAUGUUGAAAUUCCCAGUGAUAGCAGGAUGCGAUCAGUCCUGUUGGUUUUGGCGAGCACUCUCGCGCUAAGCUUUGCCAAUCCGAUCUGGUGGCCGGAACUGUGCCCGGUAGGAGCCCCCCAGUCACAUAAGCCGCACGAGAAUGAUUGUUGCUUGUUCUACACGUGCAACAGCGGAUGGGCAUAUCUGAUGAACUGUCCCCAGAAUCAACACUUCUGGGCAGCGGCUCAACGGUGUGAAUAUCCAGCGACUGCCCAAUGUACGCUUCCGCUUUCGUCCUGUACUGGAGCACCUCCAGCUCCCGCCACCACCACCACAACGCCAGCUCCAAUUGUGCCAACAACUACUACAACAACUCCAGCACCAGUAACGACAACAACUCCGGUACCAACGACGACAACUCCUGUGCCAACCACAACGACUCCGGUUAUACCGGAAGCACCCACUCCAGCCCCGACCGCAGCACCCACAACAACGACUCCAGCGCCCACUCCCGCUCCCACCCCAGCACCGACGACAACAACUCAGGCGCCCACAACCUUGGCUCCGACGACGACUCCCAUCAUUCCGGAAGCCCCCACCCCUACUCCGGUGAUUCCGGAAGCUCCAACUCCGGGAACCACCACGGUAGCCUCGACCACCACCGUAGCAGGCCCUGUUACCACACCGGAUGCCGCGGUUCCAACGGUGGAAACCGUCCCGCCACCAACGGUCGAAACCGUCGCAUACUAGACUCGACCCUUCCAAAUCCAUCAACUCCGCAAACAAGUAUCAUAAUUAGGAGCAUUCGGUAGCACCUCGAGCGGCAAUCGGAAUAAACCUCCAGUGAUCCAGUGGUUGUUACUACUGUAAUCGAUGACACCGUUUUUUAUUAGUACUAAUAAGUAGAUAAGAUAUCCCCAGCGGGCUGCCGUCUGCUAUUCAAUAAACUCAUUAUCAAUAGUGGUAAAACGAUGAAUUUUUCGUCCAACAGCGCAAUUAAAGUCGUCAUUAAAGAUUUCCUGUUCUCACAUGA